AUGGCGGGGAGUAACCCCGGCGCGCCUCGCAGCGCAGCCCGCUGCCCCGUUUUUCUGCUAGUAGGCGCCGCGAUUUGCGCCGUGUUCACCGGGCUGCAGGAGGUGGUGCCGGCGGCGUGGCUGCAGCAGCUGCUGGUGCUCCGCUUCUUCUCCGCGGCGCGCGUGGGCGAGCGGCCGUGGCUGGGCGUCGUCGCACUCACCGUCGCCGCCGUCGCAACGCAGGCAUGUGGCUUGACAGUGGCGUAUGCGGGCAUGUACGCGGUGGGUCCCACGGCGCACUCGCUUGCCUCCACGCUACUAGUGGCCCGCAACAUGCUGCCCAUGACCGCCGUGCUGCUGCUGCCAUGCCUCGCGGACUCGCUCUUCCGCUUCACCUACAGGCUCUCACAGAACCUCCAUCCGUUCGUCUACCCCCUCGUCUCUACCUCUAUCUGGACCCUCGUCACUCUCCUCUCACCCUUCGGCGCCACAGCCCACCCCCUCUACUCCCUCCGCUCCAUCCUCCCUCUCGUGCAAGCCACUGCGUGGGUGGGCAUGGAUGGGGUGCUGCUGGUGGUCGCGUGGCUAGUGGGGGGGAUUCACCAGGUCAUGUGGGAGGAGGAUGCGGUGGGGAGGGGUGAGGAGGGGUGGAGGAGGAGCGGCGGCGGGAUGCCGGUUGGGGAGGAGAGGGAGGGGGGUUACAGUCGAUUGUGUGGUGAGGGUUGUAGUGAUGGUAAUGCAGUGAGGGAUGGAAGAGGAGAAAGAGAAGGAAGCAGAAGCGGGGGAGAGAGGGGAGGAAGGGACGAGGGAGGAGGAGAAGAGGCGGGCGGAGAAAGGGGAGGAGGCGCGAGUGGGGGAAGCAGGGGUAGGAGAGGCGGCAGCGGGUGGAGGCAUGUGCAAGUGAGUGCGGCACUGCUGGUGGUUCUCAUGGCAGCAGGGUCGGCGAGAGAGACGGUGCUUUCAUCCAGCUUCUUCCAAAAGCCACUCGCAGACACCAUGGUUCCCACCGUCCCUGUCUCCUGCAUUCUCUCACAAGCUGCCACCAACAACAUCCCUCCCCAGCCUCCCUCCUCGCUCCCUCAACUUGCUUUUGCUCCUGCUCAUGCCUCCACGCCCCAGCCAUCUCUUUCCUUGCUAACUGCUUCUGCUGAGGCCGCAGGGGCUAGGCAGCUGCUGCAGGGGGGAGAGGGAGGAGAAGGAGGGGAGGGUGGGAAGUUGAAACAGGUGGGGGAGGGAGAUGCGGAAUGGGGAGUAUCCGGAGGAGGAAGAGGCAAACCAGGAGGAGAAACAGCAGCAGAAACUGCAGAGUCAGCAACCGCAGCAGCAGCAGCAAAAGCGACAUGGGAGGAGUGGGAGGCAUGGCGGGUGGCAGGCAUAGCGCGCAUGGUGCAGCAGACGCAGCAGAAGGCGAGAGCAGGCGACACCUUAAUUCUCUGGUCAGAGGCGGCAGUCAUUCUCCUGUACGACCAUGAGGAGGAGAAACUCCUGGCUGACCUUGGAGCCAUCGCCACUGCUGCCAGCACCAACCGCACUACCGCUGCUGCUUCUGCUGCUGCUGCUGCUGUUGCUGCUGCUGCUGCCGCUUCGGGUGCUGCCGCCGCUGCUGAUGAUGCAACCCCAUCCACUCUUGGGCCGUUUAUCGGCGCGUCUUACAUGAAGCUCAUCUCCCCGUCGCAAUUCACCAACUCAUUCACGCUCAUCUCCCCCAGCGGCACCCCCAUUCUGCGCUACAACAAGACGCACCCCGUGCCCUCCGUGGAGAGCAACGUGCUGCCAGGCAGUGGCACCCUCCCCGUGGUGGACACGCCUCUGGGGAGGCUGUCUGUGGCCAUCUGCUUCGACCUGCAGUUCCCUGCGCUGAUCAGCCAGGCGGGCAGGCAAGGAGUGGACAUUGUGCUGCAGCCGAGCUGGACGUGGGGCGCCAUAGGGCACCUGACAUUUGAGACGGAUGCAGUGAGGGCAGCAGAGAACGGGCUCACACUGCUGCGCUGCUCCUCCAUUGGGGUCUCGGGGGUCGUUUCCCCGUACUACCGCACCCUUGCUGCACAGGAAGCGGAAGCGAGUGGGAUGCUCACAAUGCACCUGCCCCUCAUGCACCAUGCCCCAGCGCUCUACCCCUUUAUUGGCCUACCCAUCUCCCUCCUCCUCCUCUCCGUCACCCUCUUUGCAGCAUUUCUUGCCAUUGCCCCGCCCUACCUCUCCCUCCCUUUUUGUCGUUACCUCCCCACCCCCAUCUGCUUGCUGCUGCCUCACCCUCUCUGCUUGGCUGGACAGCAGGAGGGGAGGGAGAGGGAGAAGGAGUGA